AUGCUUUAUGUUCUUCACGAGAUUCAUAAUGUCUUAGAGAAAAGGGGCCAAGUUGACACUAUCUAUCUUGAUUUCGCGAAAGCUUUCGACAAAGUCAGCCAUGAUCUCUUACUCGUGAAGCUUCACAAUUUUGGCAUCAGAGGAAAUCUUCUUCGCUGGUUCGGGGACUAUCUUUCUGGGCGAUUACAGAGAGUCACUGUUCUUGGUGUAACAUCUGAACCACUUCCAGUGCUUUCUGGAGUUCCUCAGGGAUCAAUCCUUGGACCACUCCUUUUCCUCAUCUACGUGAACGACCUUCCUAUGUCUACCUCGCACGAUACUACCUUGUCAAUGUUCGCUGAUGACACAAAAUGUCACCGUCAUCUUCGAAAUUUCCAAGACACCAUAAUUCUGCAGCAAGACCUGGAUAGUGUUGCCAACUGGUGUAAUGACUGGAGGAUGGACUUAAACCAAACCAAGUGUGUAGUCAUGCAUUUCUCAAGAAUUGCUCAACCGAUGAUCACACAGUACACAAUAUCAGACACUCCAGUCCUACAAUCAUCCAGUCAGAAAGAUCUUGGCAUAACUACCACUAACGACCUUAAAUGGAACAAACAGGUGCAAGAGAUAUCGACCAAAGCAAAUAAAAUGUUAGGUUUCGUAAAGCGAACGGCGUUCGACAUUCGCCAGCGUAGAGUUCGUAAGGUACUUUAUUUGACUAUGGUUCGUAGUCAGCUGGCUUAUGGUAGUCAGGUAUGGGCACCCCAGACGGUAAACAACAUCUUGACCGUUGAACGUGUGCAGCGACGUGCCACCAAAUUUAUUUUGUCAUUGCCGUACCAAACCGAUAUAUCAUACCAGGAAAGACUGACCACCAUCGGCAUCAUCCCUAUAUGUUACUGGCACGAGUAUUUAGAUCUAGUGUAUCUCUACAAGUGCAUCAUUUCCAACUCUGACAGUAACAUUUCUAUCAAAAUUCCUACUCGAGAAACACGAAGUACUAAUGCAACCAAUGGUAUCUUACUUGAAGUAGCCAAGUUCAAGACAGUGAGCUACCAAAACAGCUUCUACGUCAGAGUUGCCAACGUGUGGAAUACACUCCCCUGUUUGAUCAGAGAAACCAACAAAACCUUGGUCUCUUUCAAAUUUUGUUUAAUGCAACAUUAUAAGUAUCUCACCAAGGAAAUUUAUAAACCCGAGGAUCCGAGAACAUUUAAGUCUGUUUGUGUGAAGUGUCAUUCAACUCGCCCAUUGACUAACUUGUCGAAUCGAGCAUGUUGUUAAAUUUAUUGUCACAUAAAUUGUAAGUCGUUGAUUGUAAUUCGUUGUGCUUGUUUGUUGAUCUUCACGUCUGUCUGUCUGUCUGUCUGUCUGUCUGUCUGUUUGUUUGUUUGUCGGUCUGCAAGCCUGUUAUUGUUCAUACUGUGUAUUUCGAAUGUCUUGGAACCCCGUUAUUGGAGAACUGAUCUCUGUGUGGUAAUUCCAGCCAUGUAAUCUAUUGUGUGUAAUAGUUUGUGAUAACUAAUUUUGUGUAAUAGUUUGUAUUAAAUGGCAAAAUCUGUAAAUUAAAUAAAAUAAGAGUUCUAAGUAAAUCAAAACAUGUAUAAAGCAUGCAGCUACAAGUCUUUGAGGUGAGACCUUUAUUUAACACUUUUUGGGUUGUUUAUGUCUGAAUAUUCUUAUGCGGGAUUUUCUCUGAGAGACAAAAUGGCGGCCGUUCACUGCUUCGAAGUACGCCACUUCAAAGUCGAAAUUCUAUAGGAAAGCUACCGUUCUGAACGUCCGCCAAGACAUUUUUUGAAAGCUAAAACGCUAAGCUUUCAUAUGCGAUCAGUUUCGUUUGUUCCCCUAAGAUGAGUAUUACACUCAAAUUUUCGGCUUCCAGGUGAUGGACUAUCACUCAUGACCUUCAAAACAUUCUCCAUUAUUCAGUGGUCUUCGAUAUAUUAUUGACCUCUUUGCUACAGAAAAAUACAUGUCCCUCAAAGUUUGUGUAUGUUACUCAACAGUUAACAUUGGCAAAUGUAAACGACAUGUGACAGAACUUUUGCUUCAUAUGAACACAAUAAAGUUUUGAAAAUUCAAUGAGAAUGGAUUGAUUUGCUAGUUUUUUUUCCGCAAUCUUGAACAUUUCAAUUGUGGGAGAAAAUUCGGUUUAUGCGCGUGCCUAAAAAUAAUGAACACGCAGAUGUGUUUCUGCGCGUGCGUAUUAUAUGAGAAGUGUUCAUCCCACAAUCAUAAGACAAUCUCGAGGGACUUCUACUAAACCUCCCUUGUUUUUUUUAUACACCCUGCAUUGAAAUAAUCUAUUGUUAUUAUUAGAAAUUGAAUGCCCUAGCACUUUUCUGAACGUAACGAUGCGUAACUCCGUAAGCCUACAUUGAAUUUCGGUCGCGGGAAGACAAUAGAUAAUAAUGAAGCAGGGGCGUAGGAAGCUUCUAAAAGUUGAGGGGGGGGGGGGAGGCUUUGAGAGGCACUUUCCGAAUAAAAAAGGGCAUCAAAAAAUUAUUUCCCGGAAAAGUUGGCGACUGGAGGGGAGGUCUCAAAUUUUUUUUACGGACAUACUCAAAAUAUUUUUCCGGAUGUAUCAAAUUUUCCUAAAUCUGAAAAAAUUUUUCUGGAAAUACCCAAAAAAAUUUCGGACAUCUGGUAUUUUUCCCGGAAAUGAAACAAAUUUUUCGGAAAGUAACAUAAAUUCAAGUUUUGAAAAGUGCCCUUUGGGCAAAAACUUUUUUCACGCAAGAAAAGGGAAUUUUGCUCCCUGAAAAAGGGCACUUGGCAAAACUUGGAGGCCUAGCCCCCCCCCCUCCCUCCCGGUUCCUACGCCCCUGUAAAUGAAGGAUGAAGCUUAAUUAGUUUUAUCAUUUCAUUAUUAUCAAUUGACUAUUGUCUUAAUCGCAUUCGACGCCACCGAAAUUCGGCGUAUAAAACGUACCUAAAAUAUUGCCAGCGUGUAUAUAUAACCAUUGACCAAUUAUUAUUAUUACGAAAUUAGAAUAUAUUUAUAAAACACACGAUUUUUGAGCAGCCUCCCUUAUAUAAGUGAGAUUUACAAUUGUAUACAAUCUAAAAAGAUUAUACGUACAGUUUAUGACAUGAGCGGCCGUGUUGUAUCGGAUAUACAAACUCGAGCCAAAGGCGAGAAAACAGCCCAUCUUACAAGUUCAUUGGCAGUGGCGUAACUACUAUGGGCUCAGACCGGGAGAACCCGGGGGCCCCAACCGGCAAUGGGGGCCCCCAGGCUUCGGCGAUAGAGCAAAAACAUUGGCCAGGGCCUCUGAUAUGUUACAAUGUCGUUUUCUGACCAUCAGAAUUCUGUAACAUCUUUCCCCAAAGUCCAGGAAAUGGCAUUUCAGAGAGUCUAGAUUCAAAAAUUUUCCGGAUGAGCACGCGCUGGACCCCCUAGAAAACUUGUGCAUAUACAGCACUCGACUCGUGCCUUUGGCACUUCUAGUAGGGGGCCUUCGAAAAUUUUGAACCGGGGGCCCCCUGCUUUAACGUUACGCCACUGUUCAUUGGCAAAGUAAUUUUAAAAGUAAACGUUGUCUAAGCCGAGAAAAUCAAAGUUAAAGUUUAUGUAAAUCAACAUGAAUCUGUAUCACAUAUACAGAUACGACACGCUUAUGAUUUUUCUUUGUGUUUUCUUCAUGAAUUAUUAAUGAGUUUUUUAACAUUGUUUGUUUACCUUUAUAAUCCCUAAUACUCUGUAUACUGGUGCAUAAAUUAUCACACGUCCUAAUUACGCAUUCAGUAAGUUUUUUUAAUUGAUCGGGAAAAGCAAACAAAAUUUUGUUUAUUUCUGAUUUAAUUUUCAACCAAAUUUAAACAAAUUUUAAUCAGCUAUUCCUUGGCCGUUGGGAAAUGCAAUAAAAAAAUUUCGUAUGAAUAUGUUUGGUAUUUCUUGAGUUAUCGUGCUCACUGACAAACACACAUACACACAUACAAACCCAGAUGAUUACAUAACCUUUCGGCGGAGGUAAUUAGUUUUAUUAUAUAUCAAUAGUCAAAGUUGCAUUUUUCUAGUGUUUUAUUGGUUGCGAGCAUAUCACGUGAGAGUGACGAAAUUAGGCUGUCUCCCUCGCAACAGCGCAAGAGGGAGAUAAUACGUUAUCGACCGGCGAAUAACAAAAAAAAUCCCGUGCGCCAUCACGUGAAGAUACGACCUUUGGACAUGCCUAGUACGUAAUUAAAACUUUCGCUUUAAGUAACUGCGGUGUAGCCAGUGUUUAAUAUUGCGUUUUAACAAUAAAAUAUUUCAUGUAUUUAUGUUCAUUUGUUCUUUAAUUUGUUGUUUCUUUGACUUUUAAUAUAAAAUAAAACACUUAUUUACUGAGACCUAGGGAAAGCAGUGUGUUUUGGGACCCUCAACCGUCGAUGUUACCCUCGGCUCCCCUCGGGAAACAUCGACGGUCUCGGGUCCACAAAACUCACUGUUUCCCUCUGUCUCAGUAAAUAAGUUAUCAAUAUUUUCUUGGCAGGCGGGGGGGGGGGCAGUUGUCCCUGUUGCCCUUCCCGCUGUGCACAGCCCUGUUAGAUGUGUAUUAUUUUGGACAUUAAAAUCUUAUUUGCUAUUAUAUUUAUUUUAAUAUAGUUCCUUUCAAGAUAAUAAAAAAUGUGCACGCGUCGCGUACCUAUUUUUACUGUGUUUGUCGAGUACGUGUUAAUUAGAUGACAUCAAUGCACGAUUUGAUAAAUGAUGGCACUUAGACUAAAUGCAGACGAAAUAGAACAUUUAUAUUAUUAUAACAUAUAUAUAUAUAUAUAUAUAUAUAUAUAUAUAUAUAUAUAUAUAUAUAUAUAUAUAUAUAUAUAUAUAUAUAUAUAUAUAUAUAUAUAUCUAUAUAUAUAUGUGAUAUUGUCCCGAGAGCGAUAAAACUGAUAUCACCGAAUCCCGAGUACGAUAACCUAUUUAUUAUAUACUUGUGCCUUUAUCAGGGUUUGACACCCAAAAGUAAACAGUUUUGAUUUUUAAAAAAAUAGGAUCAUUUUAGAAUUCAAAACAAUUCAUCAUUUACUGAACAAAUAUGAUUUUAGAAAAUAAAUAGACCAUUCAUAUAAAUAAUAUACAAUUUAAGUCUUUCAUUUUGUAUUAUCGUUCUUGUUUUCUUCGAUAAACUCUCGACAUCAACCAACACGAACCUCGAACCGGCCAUCUUUGUUUUGACAAGUCGCGAAAUUUAGCGGGACAAAAAACGAUAUCCGGGACAAAAAAGAUAUCCAGGACAAAAAACGAUAUCCGGGACGAUAUCGUUUUUAUGUCCCGCUGCUCUCUAGCAGCAAUAUUGCACUAUAUUGUGCUGUACUGUGAUGUGUUACGUACACUUUUCAUAUAGCUUCUCUAGGUGUGAAAAGUGAAGCCAAAUUAUAUAUGCGAAAAUCACAUCCGGGGACCACGGAGUGAUACAAAUUACUAUAGAAAUGUAUGGCGAACAACGUGAACCAAGGUGAAGUUUCCCGAAUUUGAGAUACUUUGCGAAGUUUUACCAAGCUCAUCGCUCCACCGUGGGUAAAAAUGUUAUGUCAAUGCUUUCAAAACGAAAAUUAUCCAGAUUGCCCUAAAAUAUCGUCAGUUUUGUUCGUUCAAAGUUGUCCAUGCGGGAAUAAUAUUUUAUCGCCACAGUGGUAUGACAACACAAUCUCUAGUUUGCUUUCCAAUUACUGAGACAGAAUAUGAUCUACUAUACUCAAGCAUACUUUUAAAGGAAAGUUAGUAGUUCAUUUUAUCAUAUAUGUUAAACCUUGAUCGACCAGACGGUUUCAAACUUUCAAUUAUUCAUCUUACUAUGAAGCCUUUUUACAAAAUAUAUUGACAUGAGUUGGUACUAUAAAAGAUAUUUGGACUUUUAGUAAUUUUUUAUUUGUUAUUCUUUUAAACUGGAAGGCAACCUUAAUGAAGCUUUCUGUAGAGUGAAUCUACUUUAAUGAUGAAGUUGAAUUUUGAAUUAGAAGUUAGAACAACAAAAUUGAUUUAAAAUGUGGGGUGUAUUUAUCAUUCAAUAUCUAAUUGAGUAUAAAUAUAAGAACAAAUAUAAAAUAUAUUCAAACUUAAUUUGAAAUAAUAAUAAUCUGCUUAAUUAAACCUCAACCACUGAUGGACUCAACUCAUUGAUACCAAAGUAAAAUUGUCAGGCAACUAUAGGCAGUGUGAUAUUCUGAUAAUAGAAGAUAAAAUGUACAUGCUUUUUUAGGUUGCCUUGGCCAAUUAUUGAUGAAAUUAUCUCUAAUUUAAGUUUCUAAUUGCCUAUACUUCAAAAUCAUGGUUACCAUAACCAGUUGUGCUGUUUCCACAAUGUCAAGAAACCCCAGGUGACAAAACACAACAUUUGAACCAAGGCAUGAGAAAUUUUUUAAUCUCACACGAAAUUUUUAAGGAAAAGCAAGAUAUCAAGAAUGAAGCUCGAGAGAUUUCAAAAAUCAGCACAACCUCGUACCCAUGGCUUCUGCGGCGUGCGCAAUAAGCUCUCUGAGAGCAAUAAGCGCAGAAGCCCUGGGUACUUAAAGUAACAAACAUUACAAUUAGAGCAUAAAUACAACAAUCAUAACAUAAAAAUUUGUAUCAUGUGGCAGUGCUAUAUAAGACUGUCUGUUAUCAUUAUUAUGAUACAUGUGGAAAACAAGGGCGUACUACUAUUAUUGAAUAGUGCAUGAAUACUGAUAUAAAUUCAGAUUUACAAUCUGAAAACAAAAUUCAAAUAUUAUUUCAUAGAAUUCCUUCAUGUCCCUAAUUCUAGUAAACCUAUAUUUUUCUUAAUAUUGAGGUAGUAUAUGACUAAUUAGUAAGGUAGUUUAGUAUUUUUGCACAAGUGAACAUAACAAAUACUACAUGUUGAUUGGUCAAAUCUUCCUCUCGGUGAAUACUCCCCAACUAAUCGCCUCGCCUUCAGUGAAUAAUUGUUAAAUACACAACGCUGUUAUUGAAUUACAACGAAAAUUCAAAUUUAUAAAAAAAAUUGGCAGGAAAUUUUUGGUCUUGGAAGCCUGUUGCCAGGAAGAAAAAUAUUUUAUCACGGGUUAAUUUGAACUGCAACCAGUGUUUCUUUUUUGAAUACCCCUGGGCUUGGGGUGUGUAUAAACCCACAGGCACAUGUAUAUGUCCCCAAAAAUGUCCCCUCUGUUGUUGAUUAAGUACUAUAAAGCUUGGUUUCCAUAUGGUCAAAAGAUCGAGUCAUAAUCUUUCUCAUCAGCCGAAAUACAACAUUUUAGAACUGAAAAUAUGCAGAGUGAUUAUAACUAGUGAAUACUUAUGAUUUAUAUAGAAAUAUUUCCCACGAAAUAUGGGUUUUUAUGUCACACCUGAACUAAUUAGAUAAGUGAGUAACAAUUUAAUUAUAUUUAAUGUUAAUCCUGGCACGCCUGUUGAAGAGGGAGGAAAUUUAGAGCACUUGAAACUACGUAACAGCUGGGCCAAGAUCAAGGUCGAUCUCUUGGUAUUAAACCAAGAUAACUUAGAUAUUUUGCAAGUCUCCAAUAUCAGUGGUCACGUGAAGAACUCAGAAUUUAUCUUCAACGUCAUUUUGGACCUAUUUUCAGGUUAGCGAUACAUUUCUUUUUUAUACAAUCAUUCUUUCACCUAUUGUCUUCUAUUAUUGCUUCAUCCAACCCAAAUGUACUGGUAUUUGGUCAUUCCUUUGUGAAGCGCAUGCAUCGGGAUUUAAGAUCCAAAUUCGAUGUUCGCGCUGCUCUAAAUUUUAACAUGCACAAUGUAGCUAUCAAACUGCAUGGUGUUGGGGGGAGGACUGUUGACAAAUUAGUUCAAUUUGAUUUCAACAGGGUUACCCAGUUUCAGCCCAACAUUGUUAUUUUAGAGGUUGGGACAAAUGACUUAACCUUGGGAAAACCCGAAACUGUGGGAUCGAGAAUUGACGAUCUAGUGCGCAUGUUUCUCGGGGUUCCAUCCGUCAGAGUUGUCGGCGUGUGUUUGGUAACCAAUCGGGCCUCUUCUCCAAAAUUUAAUGAGAAGGUUGCGAUCUUCAACCAGUACCUUACGGUUGUGUUAGAAGAUAAGCACAAUGUCUUCUGUUGGAGACAUAAAGGCUUUACUCAGCCAAACAUUUCGCCUUUUCUGCCUGAUGGCGUCCAUUACACCCGCAGAUCUCAAUAUACUUUGUAUAGAAGUUAUCGGGGUGCCAUCCUCAAGGCCAUUCAGUUUCUUUCACGCUGUGCUUAGCACACAGGUGGUCGCAUUUUUAUUUGAUUUUCUUAUUCGCAUUUAUAUACCAGUACUUGUUUAUGUUAAAAUACAACUAUCUCACCCUUCGUGGUGAGUCGAGGCUUCGCCCUCAAUAUUUGUUGUUAUACGGAUCGCACUUCGCUGCGAUCCCUGUUGAGGCUUCGCCCUCUAAAAAUUUUUUAUUUUAAAACCUCUCGCUUCGUCGAGAAUUUGUCAGAGGCUUCGCCCUCGUUUAAUUAUUUCAAAACCUCUCGCUUCGUCGAGAUUUUGUUAGAGGCUUCGCCCUCAUUUAAUGAAAAUGUUUUCAUGCACUGUAAGUCGAGGCUUCGCCCUCGUUUUUUCCAUCUGGCGUUUUGGGCAAGUGGUGCGGUCACCGUUUUAGUGUGGCCAAGCUUGACCCAGUCAGUUAAAAUUCUCCUAUUUAUCGAUCGCGUUCGCGUUCCUUACACAAUCUGCGUUCAGAGGGGCAACUAACUUCUAAUCCAUUUUGCAGUAAUUUCUCUUUCAGUUCAUUAUGCCACCUAAAGGUUCUAAGAGUUCGAAACGCAAGUCGUCGAAAUCUCCGGCCAAUCCAUCGCCGUCACAGCGACCUCGUGUGCAGACUCGUAGUUCGACCAUUGCCUUAGAGCCAACCAUUGCUUCUCCGUCCGCUGGUGCAACAACGAGCUCAACCGUACACGAACCCGUCAACGUCGCCAGUACCUCGGCAACGCCUGAUGCUAGUACCAUCUCCCCGCAGCUUCUUCAGCAGAUCGUGUCAACAGUUACUGCUGAAGUUACUCGGCGACUUACACCACACCAUCAAGCGGAGUUUUCGGACGCUGUUGUUGAGGCCCCAGUUGUCGCGAUGGGAGCAUCCACCUCGACCGAACAACCCGCCAUUGUUUCUGGUAUUGUGGAAGAAGCUUUAAAGUCCGUCCAUUCCGCCGUUGCAG